CCCCCUCCUCCUCCUCCUGCCUGGCACCGUAAAUGUUAUUUAUGAAUGCCCACCGCUCACGGGCGUGUGCACGCAGAUUCCUUAUUAUUAUGUUUUAAUCAUCACAAUACAUUGGACAUUAAUUGUAGCUGGUGUUUAGGUUAGCUCCGGACCGUGCGGUGCCCGCGGUGUGCGCUUGAAUCCAGACUUUAAUUCAUUGUGGUCGGUUUGGUGCUGACAGCGGCGGCGGCGGCGGGCGGCAGGCGGAGUGGUGUGUUCUGCUCUUUAAUAAUACUGGGUCAAUACACCGAGCACCGCCGCUGUCUGCCAGCCCCCCUGCAUCCACCCCGUCACCCCUGGAGGUGCCGUCCGAUAAGGUGCGUUGCCGGGGGCAACAGCUGACUGACAAUGUUCUUGUGAGAGUGGGCGGGGCUACCUGGCCCUGAGGUGGUAAGGAGGAGGAGGAGUCUCAGCCCUCAGCCCCUCCCACCCCCCGUUCUCCUCGUGCGACGGACCAAACGGACAGACGCACAAACGGGCGUGGCUCUCCCCUCCCUCCUCCUCUUCCUCCUCCUCCCCUUUCCUCCCCGUUCUCUCCCCCUCCUCCUCCUCCACUUCUCCCCGUCUCCUCUCCGCCUCCCUCCCCUGUCUCCCCCCUCGUCCUCUGCCACCAUGCUGUGGUCACGCUGCUGGUGGAGAGCCUGAGGAAGCAGAGUCUGGAAGGCGACCCUGCUCAGCCAGGGGACUUCUACCUGUCCCUGCUGGACCCGAAAACCCUCGCAGAGUGCUGGCCACCAGAUGGCUUGAUGCCUGAGAGCAGCUACUGGCAGCUCUGCCCUCCCUCCAAGUCUGGCCUGCAGGGGGGGUUACUGAGCUCUAGUUUCCCCCCCGGCCCCGUGCCCCUGGUGCCCCCAGAUGCUCACCUACAGGAGGGGGGCGACCCCCUGGACGGCAACCCCUCUCAGCCACAGCAACACCGGCCCCUGGCGCCCAGCACCUCAGCGUCCGAGCUGUCUCUCCCAGGAGCACCGGUGGCCCCUCCUGGCCCCGGGCCCCCUCCUCCACCACCUCCGCCCCCUAAACGCCACUGCCGUUCACUGUCGGUGCCCGAGGACCUGUCGCGCUGCCGCUACACCUGGCGGCCCAGUGCUUCGCGGGUCUGGACUCCUGUUAGUCGUCAGCAGUGCCACGGUGGAGCUGGGGGAGGUGUCACAGGUGGAGGGGCAGGGACGGGAGGAGGGGGCAUAGGGGCAGGUGCGGCGGGAGGAGGAGCCUGUCCUCUCCGCGCUCCUAGCUCCUCCCUGAACUCGUCACUGCACUCCUCAUCCAGCCCCACGUUCUUCAGCCUGGCACUGUCCCCAGACUCUCCGCUACCCUGGAGCUUCCCCUGGGACCCCAGCGAGGCAGCGGCGGGGGGAGGAGCCUGCUGCUGCUUCUUCCCCUCGCCUUCCUCCUGCUCCUCCUCGCCCUCACCCCUCCACCCACCUCCCCCUCCUCAGAGGCGUUUCUCCCUCUCUCCCGUGCUCAUCAGAGACUCGGCGGCCUCCACGUUCCUGCCUCCGCCUCCUGUGCCAAGCCAACAAGCAGUGGCGCCUCCGCCAGGCUGCUCGACCGUAGCUGGAGCUGCCCGGGGAGGCCCAGUGCCCGCCUCGCCCUCCUCGGCCUGCAGCACGCCCUCGUCUUUGCGCCGCAGCCUACCACCACAGCUGCCACGCUGUCACUCGCAGCCCUGCGACCUGCUGCUGUUAAAACCAGGUCUGAAGAGACGCCGCGACCCUGACAGACCCUGCGCCCGACCUGUCCUCGACUUCACCAAGAUGACCCAGACCCGCAGCAUCGACCCGCAGUGUCUGGAGCGUGGCGGCAGGCUGGCCUGCGGCGGUGACGUCUGCAUAGGCAUGGAGGCCUUCAUGGGUGACUUCAGGGGCUCCUGCUCACCGGCAGAGUGCCUGGGCAGGACCAGCAUUGGGCCGCUGAGCGAGAGCGACGAGGAGUGCCGCGAGGACGAUGACGAUGGGGAGGAGGAAGCUGAGGAGCGCGAGGCGGCGCAGCAGGCGGUGUUUGAGAGAGAUUGUACAGAACUCGACUUGAACUUAAUAGAAGAAAACUGACGCAUUUGUAAAUGGAAGGCUGUUUUCUUUUUCAGUUCUUUUAAUUUAGUUUUAUUUUGAUCUGAUCCCCUUCGCCCCGCUAACGGAGCGCCCCCUCUUCUCUUCCUGGACCACCAUCAUCUCAACACUCUGCGCCUCCUUGCCACCAAUCAGCAAGGCUCUCAGGAACAACACCCUCUCUCAUUGGAUGAGCUGGGGUAAACGAAGCUGAUUGACGACAACAGUGAUGAUCUGACUACCACCGGUAAAGACUCAGUGCUGUGGCUUCACUUGGAAACCUCCUGGCUGCUUUUUUAAACACUUCUGAGGUUGGAAAGCUGUUUUUAUUUUAAAGUGAGUCACAUGUUAUGAGAGGAAAUCUCGCAUUCAGCAUCUGACCUUCAGUUACCUCCAAACACCUGCACCUAGUUUCAGGCUAACACGCCAACAGGUAUCUGAAGCCCAGAUGCAUGAUGAGUUUUCCCACUUCAGUGACUGGACUUAGACUGUCCAGGCGUCCAGGUGUCUUCCAACUUGCAGCUGCUGAGUCUCUGUGUAAUCACACUACAGUCUGAUGAGGCCGGCGCCGCACUGUGGCACCAACCUGAAACGGCAUCACCUCGCCACCAUCACAGUUUCCUACACUACAACACAAACCGAGACACCAGAUCUCUUCAGUUAAACAACAUUUAAAAGGACACAGCACUAAACCAUCUUUAGUCGUAAAUGUUACAUAAAACUCAAAGUACAAUAUUUACAAAGUGAGACUUGCCCUUAAAUUCCACUGGGCAUGGAUGUGACACAUUCAGUGUGCACCACGGAGUCUCAGAUUUAGAAGCUGCCUCGAUAUCGAGAGUGCCUUGACCCGAAUCGAUAAUCUUUCAUGGGCAAGUUUAUUGUUCAGAGUCUGGUGUCGCAUCAAAGAAACAAGAAACACAUAGACUGAAACACACAUACCAUGUCAUCACAGUCAUGUGACCUCAGCGUGGUGAUGCGUUUAGGCUUGCUGUUGCUUUGAGGUGUCGUCCCAUCAGACUUCACUGAGGGCAGGUAGCCACUGAUGCUGUUGUUCACCUGAGUGUUCACACAUUCCUGUCACACACCUGUCAAACACUACACACACUCCUACUCAUCCACUCACCCUGUGUGUGUGUGUGUGUGUGUGUCUGUCUGUAACCAUGAACCCUCCUGGUGGUCAUGUGACUUGUGUCUAGAUUGAAUCCGGAUUGAGUCCUGAUACAGUUAAUCCACAUCAACACUGAAGCUGUGUUAAUCUUCCUUUCUAAACUCACACUAGCCACCUUUAAAAACUGCAUUACUAGGCGCUGCAGAUAGCGCUGUGAUCUAGUGUCAUCGUCGACCUUCCAGUGGACACGGUCUUGACCCGGGACCGAACACAACCUCCGAAACAAGCCAUGGCCAAUCUUCAGUAGUGGUUAUCUACUUACUACCAAGUCGUUAAGUUUUUAGUGAGGCCGAGCUUUAGAAUAACAAACUGCAAGAAUAAAAGGAUGCAGAUGUGACAACAUGUAAAAUGCUCACCCAGUAAUAUUUUUUGUAGAGUUCUCUACAGUUUAUCAUUGUUUAAAUGCAGCCACGUUGGGAAUUUUAGUUCACUAAUCUUUUGACAGUCUGAUCGUUGAUUAUUCAGACAUUGUGACCUCAAACUAAACGUGAAACAACAGCAGAUACUGUGUGCUGAAUGCGUACAUGUCGGUCUGAAUUGUGAUUGGUUAGUGAGCUUUUUUGACACUAGUGCUUAUACAAUGUCUCAGUUCCAGUUAUUGUAUCAGUGCUACAACACACGUUAUUAAAAAAUGAAUCGGAACAAGUUAUCAAAUGUUAAAUUAAAAUUACGGCACAGUCUGAAUGCCGAAUAAUGCCAAUAACAUUACGAAUGUGGCCACACAGAAGUGGCUGAAUCGAAUUUCAAUCUGGAUCUGAUCUUGAUGAAAAUGCACAGAACCACCAGGUGUGCUGUUGUUGGGGAAGUCGACUCAAAACACUUGUAGGUUAUGAUGUGACAUUUAGUUUUCCUCCAAAUUUCCCAGAACAAAAACUGCACGUUUGAGGUCUGAACCUUUUUUACAGUAUUUCACUGAGCGUCCAUGUUGUUGUUGACAGCUGCAUAAAGGACCACACGGCUUGUUUUUACAUAUUUUAGCUUUUGUACUGAACAUUCCUCAUGUUAAAUUCUCCAUCGGGUUUCAGAUUGAUUUGUGUUCUUUCAGGCAGCCAUUUUGUUUGAGAUAAUUUCUGUGAAAAUCAACGUGCAGUGACAUAAUCCAUCACAGUCAGCGUUUGGGAGGUUUUCUUUUACUUUUGGACAAAGUUAUUAAGUUAAAAAAAAAAAAAAAAUGUCCCAGAGUCA